GAUGAUUUGAUUAAAUCAUCGCUGAUAUAGUCAUUCAUGGUUAGAAUCUUUUUUUCCAUUUGAUUAGUUAUAUUAACACUCAAAUAAACAUGUAAUUAGAGUUAUGCUUAAAAGAUGGAGAUGGAUGGCUGCUAAAAUCUGUUUAUACAAGUGAGGAAAUUGCAGUUUGUUUGUUUGUUUGUAUGUCGCACGACUUUUGAAGUCAAAAAACGUUGUUAUGUCUCUUUAGACAUUUUUCAUCUUUAUUUUUUUCAGAAGAGUCAAUCAAAGAAAAAAUAUACUAUACGAGCGAGAUUAUUAAAUAUUUUUCAUUCAUUGACUAAUUGAUUUUAUUUCAUUUAUUAGAGGGUCAUUCUUACAGGAUAGAGAUAGACUACAAGUAUGGCCGGAUCAUCUAAAGAGCAUACUGGUUCCAAUGGUGAACAUCAUAACCAUGAAUUUAAUGGCACUUUUUCCCCAGUACCAAUUAAAAAGUCUAAAUUGGCUACUUCAAGAGAUUUAACUAUUGGAACUCCAUUACAAACCAGAGCUGCUUCUCCUUAUACUUUGAAGCCUCCUAUAGAUAGUGAUGGAUUAUCAUGGCCUUCAAUGGGAGCUAGAGCAAGAAUCGAUCAAACUCCUGAAGAAGCUGCUGCUCGUGAACUUCGAAUUGCAAAUGCUGUGAAAACUAUCUUACAAGAAUUAGGUGAAGAUACCGAUAGAGAAGGACUCUUGGAAACUCCGGAACGUUAUGCUCGUGCUAUGUUGUUCUUCACCAAAGGUUAUGAAGAUAAUAUCAGAGAUGUAAUUAAAAAAGCUGUUUUUGAAGAAGAUCAUGAUGAAAUGGUUAUUGUCAGAGAUAUUGAAGUUUAUUCAUUAUGUGAACAUCAUUUAGUUCCAUUCUUUGGUAAAGCUCAUAUUGCUUAUAUUCCAAACAAAAGAGUAUUAGGAUUAAGUAAAUUAGCCAGAUUAGCUGAAAUGUAUUCGAGAAGAUUCCAAGUUCAAGAAAGAUUAACUAAACAAAUUGCCAUGGCUCUUCUUGAGAUUUUAAGACCAAGAGGUGUUGCCGUUGUGAUUGAAGCAACUCAUAUGUGUAUGGUUAGUAGAGGAGUUCAAAAAACUGGUUCCUCAACCACUACUAGUUGUAUGCUUGGUUGUUUCCGUGAUCAACAAAAGACCAGAGAAGAAUUCUUGACCUUAUUAGGAAGAAAAUAAGUAAGUUCCCAUUUUUUUGUCAAUUUUAUGUAUACCGAAAGAAUAAUUCAACCUUUUCUUUCACAUACAACCAUAAUCCCUCCCAACUACCCCUAAUUGCAUAUUGUUUAAAGUAUUUCAGUUCGUUCUAACCAGACGGUGGUUAUUUUAAAUUCCUUUACCAUCCCAAUGUUUUAUAUUCAAUUUUUCAUUUUACCUUUUUAUUUUUUUUAUUAAAACACUUCCUUUAAUCGUUAAUUAGUGGAUUUUACGACGUUAUGAUAUUCAACACCUCAUACUUUUAAUUUAGUUUCCUAUAAAGUCAUAUAGUAUAGCAUAUG